UCAAACUUUUUUUAUUAUUUCCGCCACUAUUCUUUUUCACCAUUUUUACAUUUCUCCCUUUAUUUUUGCAUGUCAUCCUCCAAUUUCUCUACUAAUAUUUUAUCAUGGGUUUUUAUUCAAAAAAUUAUUUUUUUUUCCAUUUUUAUUUCUUCAAAUAUCAAUUCUCCCUAGUGGCCUACAUUUUUUCUCAUUUUUUUUCGUUCUUAAUUCCCUCAAAAAAAUUUUUUUCCUCUUUUAUUAUUGCAAUUAUAUAUCAGUUGUAUAUGUUACUUUAUUUUUUACCCCCUCGAUUGACAAUUCAUUCAAUUUUUUUCUUUUUUUAUUUUUUUAUGAGUGAAUGA